CGCGGCCCCCGCAGCCCCCGCAGCCCCUGCCCGACGCCGGGGCCUGGAGUGCAGCGAGUGUAAGAAGCUGUUCAGCACAGAGACCUCGCUGCAGGUGCACCGGCGCAUCCACACGGGGGAGCGGCCGUACCCGUGUCCGGACUGCGGCAAGGCCUUCCGUCAGAGCACCCACCUGAAGGACCACCGGCGCCUGCACACAGGCGAGCGGCCCUUUGCCUGCGAAGUGUGCGGCAAGGCCUUUGCCAUCUCCAUGCGCUUGGCAGAGCAUCGGCGCAUUCACACGGGGGAGCGGCCCUACUCCUGCCCUGACUGUGGCAAGAGCUACCGCUCCUUCUCCAACCUCUGGAAGCACCGCAAGACCCACCAGCAGCAGCAUCAGGCAGCCGUGCGGCAGCAGGUGGCCGAGGCCGAGGCCGCCGUCGGUCUGGCCGUCAUGGAGACUGCAGUGGAGGCGCUGCCCCUGGUGGAGGCCAUUGAGAUCUAUCCCCUGGCUGAGGCCGAGGGGGUCCAGAUCAGCGGCUGACCCUGCCCCCUUUCCCUCUUCAGCACCACCAGUCCCUGUUGCUGAAGAACCUCCUCCAGUGUCCCCUUAAGUCUCUGUAGAUACUGUGCCCCUUCCUCCGCCUCUCCCAACCACCAUGUAGGUUCUGUAACUGGAUUUAUUCUCUCUUCCGAGGGGGGAGCUCUGGGGUCCUUGAUAUGUAUAAAAGGCGCCCCGCCCCACCCCCACCUUCCACCUGUUAGUGCGGGUGGCCCCAAGAUGAAACAGUCAAUAAAGACUGAAUUGGACAUUUA